GCGAGUGUGGGAAUUGUUGCGUCCGGUGACCAGACUCCAGAAGGUCCUCUCGGCCGUCUCUCAGGAAUCCCGCCGAUCUCCCCGAAAAUGACGGCGUCUUGCGCGCCGCGCACGGCGCCUCCCUGCCGCCCCGAGAGCCACUUCUCUUCUCGGGGCCUCGUUGGGGUCCUUUUGGGGGCCCUAGUGCUCCUGCUGCCCGUGUCCUCCGAUGCCUGUGGUGAUCCACCAAGAUUCAAUUCUAUGAGGCUGAGGGGUGUCGCUCAAUCUUUUUAUAGGCCUGGAGACAGAAUAGAAUAUGAGUGUCGUCCAGGAUACAGGCUCAAGAGACCUCUUGCCACCUCUACUGUCUGUCAGCCUGAUAACACAUGGACGCCUCUCCAGGAGGCUUGUACAAGAAAAUUGUGUUCACAGCCAGGAGAACCCAUAAAUGGAGAAGUAAGAUAUGUAAAUGGAACUUUGGAGUUUGGUUCACAGAUUCACUAUGCUUGUAAUGAGGGGGUGCCUCUGUGCUGAGGAUCAGCCUGACAUGAAACUGAAGGACAUCUUAGGUGUUUUUGAGCCUUUUCCUGGGUGUGCAUAGUCACUUUCUAAUUUUCCCUGUGUAUGCAGUUGUUUUUGAAUGUCCUAGUUUUUAAUGUCUGGUCCCUGAAAGGGGAAAAGUUGCAAAAUGCAGGAGCGGCAAAGGGCGCUGAAUCUGUAAAUCCCUUGAAAGUCACUUCAGCUGGCAUGCAAGGGGCUUGCAAGAGUAGGGCUAGGUAUGACAGCAAUGACUACCAACUCCUUUUUCAGCUUAUUUGUGAUCAGAAGCAGCAAUCAGUGAUCAGAAAACAGAUCCCCGAUAAUUGGAGGACAGAAUCCUUUUUGCCCAACCUGGCUCCUACAGGCUGCUUCUAAGCUGCUCCAGGGACACAUGCACAUGAACCCCACAUUGGGGUUGGGGUGGGUAGCUGCCACUGUGCUAGGAGCUAAAAUUGACCAAAAUUAAGGCUGAUUACCUGUCUAAGUCUUCCCCUGGAAAAUGCAAGAUAUCAACGGACUCCAAAGUUCCAAAAUAGUUACAUCAGGCAGAUUCUACCAGUGCAGUUGUUGUCUAGCUGGGAAACAGAUUCCUGGUGCUUCCUACUUUGCCAUCAUCCCAGAAUCCACUCCUAAUAUAUUCUAAUAUAGAAUCAAUGAGUGAGACUUGGGGGAAAAGUUGGCUGGAAGCGUGUACAGGCAGUUUCAGUUACUAUUUUUUAACUUGAUCAAGUGAAAAUAUUGGAACUUCCAGUUAGUAGUUUUAGAGAGAGAGCCUGCUAGGUGCUUUGGAGGAUACCAAAAGUUUAAGAUAGAGACCCUUCUCAAGAAGUUGUAGCCUUCUUGAGAAACACAGUAAAUCUGGAGAGGUGUCAAAGCAAAAUAGUAAAUGAGAAGUACCAAAUAGGUAGAAUUAUUCAUGAUCAUUACAGUGCGAGUCCAGAAGGAGGAGAGAAUACUGUGAACUUAAAUCAUCAGAGAAGAUUUCAUCCAGUAGUAUUCCUGAGCUAUUCCUAGGAAGAUAUUCUGAUCUAAAGAAUAUUAAUAAGAGCUAAACAUACCUGGCACUCACUGUGUGCCAGAUGCUAACUCAUCUAAUCCUCAGAACAACCCCCUGAGGUACGUAUUAUAUCCCCUCUUCAUAGAUGAGGAACCUGAGCAAGAGAAACAUUAAGGGACUUUCCCAAGCUCAAAUAACAAGUCAGUCAUGGAGCUGGGACUCGAAUCCAGGCAGGCAGGCUCUAGGGCCUGUUCUGUCUACUCACGCGUUGUCCUUACUGGGCAGAUGGCGUGAGCAAGGGCAUAGAAAUGAAUGUGUAAUGUGAUUGUCAAAGAUAGGAAAGAGUUCCAUACCAACAGGUAUGACAGAUUUAUUUAGACAUUUUUCCUCUUGCGAAUGUGUGUUCAAAUCCAGAAACUCUUUAAUUAAGUUACAUAUUUUAUUAGCAGUUUUCAUUAUUUUAGAAACUUCUUCUCAAACUACUGUCGUGCAGGACAACAACCAUAUAAAAAUUUUCUUCAUUAUUAUUUGCACCUAUUUAACUAUAAAGA